AUGUGUUUCAACUCUGUUAAUUCAUCUUAUGGAGGCUUUGAAAUUCAAUUGCCAUUGAGGUUGUGCUUAUCCAUCCCUUAUGAGGAUUUCUCAUUGACAAUGGAAAAUAAGGGGAGUGUGUUGAUGGAAAGGUAUGAUUUUGGGAGAUUGCUAGGCCAAGGAAACUUUGCUAAGGUUUACUAUGGGAGAAACCUGAAAACUGGCCAGAGUGUGGCCAUCAAGGUCAUUGACAAAGAGAAGGUUCUGAAAGUAGGGCUGAUGGAUCAGAUCAAGCGAGAGAUAUCUGUCAUGAGAGUGGUUAAACAUCCAAAUGUACUGCAACUAUAUGAGGUUAUGGCCACAAAAAACAAAAUUUACUUUGUUAUAGAAUAUGCAAAAGGUGGGGAAAUCUUUAAUAAGGUAGCAAAAGGGAGGCUGAAGGAAGAUGUUGCUAGGAAGUAUUUUCAACAGUUAAUAAGUGCAGUUGAUCUUUGCCAUAGCAGAGGUGUCUAUCACCGAGAUUUGAAACCAGAAAACUUACUACUGGAUGAGAAUGGAGGUUUGAAGGUGUCAGAUUUUGGCUUGAGUGCUGCUGCUGAGUCUAAGCGCCAAGAUGGUUUGCUGCACACAUCUUGUGGAACUCCUGCAUAUGUGGCUCCUGAAGUUAUUUAUAGGAAAGGCUAUGAUGGGGCCAAAGCUGACAUCUGGUCUUGUGGGGUGGUCUUAUUUGUUUUGCUGGCUGGUUAUCUCCCAUUUCAUGACAUAAAUCUGAUUUUGAUGUACCAGAAAAUAAGCAAGGCAGAAUACAAGUUCCCUAAUUGGUUUUCACCAGAAAUGUGCAGGCUGCUCUCAAGAAUGCUUGACCCUAACCCAAGAACUAGAAUAUCCAUCACAAAAAUAAUGGAAAAUUCCUGGUUUAGAAAAGGAUUCAAUACUGAUGCAGUUAAAACUAAAGAUGAAGUGACAGAAUUGGAUCCUUUGGCUGCUGAUGCAACAUUUGAUUUUUGUGAGAAUGAUAUUGCUCCUGCCGAAGCCAGGAAAGAGUCGAGCCAGCCUACCAUUUUGAAUGCCUUUGAUAUCAUAUCUCUUUCAUCUGGGUUUGAUUUAUCUGGUUUGUUUGCGAAAGAUAACCAGAAGAAAGAAACCAAAUUCAUAUCAAUGCACUCUGCCUCAACGAUUACAUCUAAACUGGAGGACAUUGCUAGGCUUCUGAAGCUAAAAAUAAAGAAGAAAGAUGGAGGGCUGUUGAAGUUGGAGAGAUCAGAGAAAGGUAGAAAAGGGGCGCUGUCCAUUGAUACAGAAAUAUUUGAGUUCACUCCAUCUUUUCAUUUGGUAGAGGUGAAAAGUUCUAGUGGUGAUACACUGGAAUACCAGCGGAUACUGGAAAAUGGAAUAAGACCAGCUCUAAAGGACAUUGUUUGGGCAUGGCAAGAUGAGCAGCAGCAGCAACACGUGCUUCCUUCCUAG